AGUCCCCAGUGUCGUUUGAGCCGCGGUCGCGAACGGGUUUUUUUCUCGCCACACCGGGAAAGCAAGGAGCCAGCCAAUCAUCCCAUCAUUGCCAGGGCACCAUUUUUCAUCCAUAUUUCUUUUUCGUUCUUGCUUUUUAUUUCGUCGUUGUUCAUGAUCGAUUAGGAAAAUUUCAUUCAACAACCAUCGGGAUCGAGUUCGACGGGAGGAGCCAACAGAAUUUUCACCAGGAAAUAUGAGUGUUAGUUAAUAUUCGGACCAGUGCAAGGAAGAAAUUUUUCGUCCGGCCAUGGGUGCCAGAGUAGGAAAUCCGAGCAUCCGGAAAUGGCUGAUGCUGAGCAUCGCACUUUUCCUUUUAUGGAUGAAAUUGCCGGACCAAAGCGCAAAUGCAACUGUACAGACUGAAAUUAUGUCGAAAUGGGGUGACCACUUUGGCGAAGAACUGUGGGAAUUAGCCGAAACGAUGACCAAAGCUAGCGAAAUUACUCAGAAAUACAAAGCCCACAACGCCCGCGUCGAGCACAAGGACGGUACCAGCUUGAUCAAAUCGAUCGUCGAAAAUGCGAGCCGGAUGUUGACACGCAAAAUGGACGCCAUCAAAUGUAUCAUAAACCAAGCGGAAACGCUUUCGGAACAGUUCGAGUUCAACGACACCAUUGCCGAUAACUUUACUUAUUAUUCGAGUAAAUAUUCUAAUAUCGAUGGUCGUCCCGAGCCGGAAAUUCCGGAAACCCUGCUGGAAAACAUCUGGAUGUAUCGAAAUAUGUCUCUUAACCCGGACACCCACUUCUUCGACAUCUCAGUGAAUACAUCGUACAGCUCGGUCCACGUGCCGCAGAAUGUGUACGAUCGUUAUCCGUGGGUUCUGGAGGCGCUGCAGUGGUCCGAAGAACUGGAUGAUGUUUUCAAGCAGAACUAUAAAUCCGACCCGGCACUGUCUUGGCAAUAUUUCGGUUCCUCGACCGGGCUGCUGAGGCAUUAUCCGGCCUUGGAGUGGAACCGAGAUGUUGUCGAUACGUUCGAUUGCCGCAAGCGGUCCUGGUACAUCGAGACGGCAACCUGCUCCAAGGAUAUUGUUAUUCUGCUCGAUAAUUCUGGGUCGAUGACCGGUUAUCGAAACUAUAUAGCUCAAUUGACCGUUAAAAGCGUGCUGGAUACGUUUUCCAACAACGAUUUUAUUAACAUUUACAAGUACUCCAAUGACGUGGAGCCGCUGAUUCCUUGUUUUUCGGACAUUUUGGUACAAGCUACUCCGGAGAACAUUCGGUUCUUCAACGACUACGUAAAGGAAUUGCAACCGGAUGGUUAUGCAAAUGUGAAAAAGGGGUUUAUAAAGGCGUUCGAGCUGCUGCAAUAUUACCGAGAGCUACGUCGCUGUAACGAGUCGAGAAGUGGUUGCAACCAGGCCAUCAUGCUAAUCACGGAUGGCGUCCCAAGCAAUAUAACCGAGGUAUUCGAGCAGUACAAUUGGUACGAGAACGGAACCAAGAUCCCGGUGCGAGUUUUCACCUAUCUGCUGGGUCGUGAAGUGACCAAGGUACGUGAGAUCCAGUGGAUGGCUUGCCUGAAUCGCGGUCACUAUUCGCACAUCCAAUCGCUGGAUGAGGUUCAGGAAGAGGUGCUGAAGUACGUCACUGUGAUAGCCAUGCCUUUGGUACUACAGAAAGAAGAACAUCCUCCCACGUGGACGCACGCUUUCACGGAUACGGCGGAAAAUCUUUUAACGGAUCUUGACGACGAUGAGCCUCCACGGUUGAUGAUAGCUGUGGGGGCGCCGGCAUUCGAUAGGAAAGCCCAAAACAAUAACGACACGGUCACGGCGAGGUUACUUGGGGUUGCUGGUACGGAUAUUCCGGUUGAAGAUUUGGACGAGCUCACGCUUCCGUAUAAGCUGGGUGUUAACGGGUAUUCGUUCAUUGUAAGUAACAACGGCUAUGUGCUAAUGCAUCCCGAUUUACGACCAGUUUACAAAGGUCGUCUCAAAGAGAACUACAACAGUGUAGAUCUGACUGAAAUCGAGCAAGUGUUGAAUAAUUUGACCGAUGCAAACGACGAGUCUUUGACUGGUCGAGAGGAGAACCCUUUGAUGGAAGAACUGCGUCAAGAGCUGGUAUUGUCAAAUUUCGGAAAGAUGCUUAAGGUUCCGGUGAGAUUCCAUUACGAUCAGAUGCGAAGAGUAUCGCUGGAAUACCAAGACUACUAUUUCGCUCCUCUGAAUACUACCCCAUUCUCGUUGGGCCUCGCGCUUCCUCACGAUUACGGCAAUACUUGGAUCAAGGUGGGAGAUGAAAUCAAACGAAACCAGCACAUGGGACAGAACAUUUCUGACUUCUUCGUUGGAGAAAACUGGAAGGUUCAUCCCGAAUGGGUCUAUUGCAAGUAUCACUACCUCGAAGGUCAUGAGUUCAAAACACCUGAAGACGAGCUCCGCCACUUUUUGGUUCGUCUGUAUGAACCCAACUGGAAGUGGUCCCAGCAAUACGAACCGGAGCCGGACGAUAUGGAAAAGGACGGUCUCGAUGAACCGAAUUGUGGAAGAAAGACGCUCGACGACGAUGCCUAUUACUGCAACAAAGAAUUAGUUCAACUGUUGGUGUUCGAUGCGAAAGUUACUAAUAACAGCUACCGAGAGUGGGAGUUCAAGAACGAUCGCGAACGUAAGAUCAUCGAUAUGUACAAUGCUACGUUAAGAUUCGUGGCAACCAUGAGUGGGUUGACGAGAUGGCAGUUCAUCUUCGGUGAAGUGGAAGUUGAAUCGGAUAACGAGUUUGGUGAUUUCCACAAGAAGGCCAUUGACGAGACUUGGUAUCGUUCGGCGAUUUUGCAGCACAAGAUCGAUCCAAAAAGUUUCGUUUAUUCGGUUCCUCAUGCUACGGAUGAUCCUGAAGAUACGGAACUGAAGGUUACCGCUUCGAUGGCUAUCUUCCCUAGGGAUGGGGGUCUGGAGGCUCCGGGUUGCGUGACAGGAUUCCAAUUCUCCCAGGAACUGAUGUUUGAGCGAUUCAUGGAGAUUACCUCGAAAACAACGUGUGACGGCUGCAUCGAAACGUGUGCCUCGGAAUCUCGCGACUGUUAUGUGAUAGACAAUAACGGGUAUGUCGUGCUGUCCGAAUCAUCAAACGAUACGGGUAGAUUCUUCGGAGAAGUUGAGGGAGCCGUCAUGCAGUCCAUGGUUGACAAUGAACUGUUUUACAUGAUAACGGUAUUUGAUCUCCAGGGUCUUUGCGAUGAAGAGAAGGUUGUAGAAAACGCUGCUCUCUCAAUCAUGCAUCCACUGAAACUGUUGUUGCUUGGUAUCGAAUGGUUGAUGACGGAAUUUUUGAUAACGUUAUCAAAAUUCGACUUCUGGGUUCACGGAAUUCCAAGUUCUGAUUUUUACGACUCCGAUUACGACGAUCCUGAUUACGAGGAUUUGGGACGUCCACGAAAACCAAAGAAGCCAAUGGUCGACGAGGAAGAAGAAUACUUCAGUCGUCCGAAAGAAAUCAAAACGGAAAUUGUCUACAAAACCUGUGAUAAAAAAUCCAACCUUUAUGUGAUGCAGCAGGAUAAAUUCAUCAAGGGCGAUGGAUUUAUCUAUGAAUCGAUGCCUGCGAAUCCAAUGGAGUUGCUGCACCGGCCGUACUUUGCGAAGCGCAUUCCCCGAUCGAAUCUAUUGAUGAUUAUCGUGGAGAAUGAGUAUCCCUCGGAUCGGGUGAUCCUGUCAGCGGCGCCACAGGUUAUCAACCACAACAUCACCGAGGGGUUGCCGUGCGUCAAAACGCGGCUCAACUUUUUGCCCCGCCGACGGCUGGAGGAGUGCUUCACUGAGCAUGCGAACGAAAAACUGGUUGCUCAAUGUGGCGACGCCUCCAGGCCGCUUAUCCAACUGACUGUGGUGAUAUCGUCUCUAGUAUCACUGUUGUUAUAUCGAUGUGCCCAAACAUUAGUCCAAUUUUAAAAAUGAUUCUGAAGCCGACGGGAGAAUAAGUAAACAUGAAAGACACAACUAUGCCGCUGCUGUGCAAUCUACACGUGACGUACAUUGGCAGCAAAUCCGAAAAUCUUUGAUGAAAUCGGGAAAAAUCUUAAACGUAGAUUUAGUGAGAAACAACAUUUUUCGAAAAGGCAUAUAUCUGUAGAGAAAACUAGUCAAAUUGAAAGUUUUUUUUUGUAAAGAUCUUACAAUAGCGGAACAAACACAUUUAUUGGAAGCUCUGAAACUAGUGUGUAGCACUGUUUUUGUACGCACAUUCACCACGUGAGAGGACCCUUGAAACUUUACAAUCAAAAUGAGCCAACGAUUUUGAAUUUUUCUUGUUGAUUGAGAUCUGUGUACAGCUUUAUUUACAAUCAACAAUUAUCUACAAUCAAUUCGAUUAUACACUGACUUCCAUUUCCAUACUGUGCCAUUACCGUUAUUGACAUCAUCCACGUUAUAAAAGCAAACAUCAAAGAUUGUCCUCCUCAAACACAUUGUUUUAUUGACGAUUGAAUUCAUUUGAAUAACUAAAAAAACUCAAUCACAUCAUUCCUUUCAUCGAUAAAAGCACUCUGAAGUGACGUAUUUCAUUGCUGUUAGGUUUGAAACGAUUUUAUAGAAAAAAAAUGCUGAUAUUCCGAAACUCAGUUGAUUACACUCUUCAAUUCUGUUAAUAUUAAACAGUUGUUACUCUAUGUUAAGUGAACAAUUUAAGAAUAGGUAUAUAUUUUUGUGUAAUCUUCAAGUUUUAGACCUAUUAUUCGAAAAUUUAAAUAUUUUUUAACACCAGUUGUGAACUGCAGACACAGGUGAAAAAUUGUAUAUUAAAACAAUAAAGCCAUAGAAGUGGCAAUAAUAAAAAAAAAAGAUUUUGUUACUAGUGAAUAUUAAAAAUUUCAGGUUUAUUUUUAAAACUUCUUUACCGAAUAGAAAACUCGAUGUGCACCAAAUACCACGAGAAUAAAAAAAAAGAGCUAAGCGCCCGUUAUACUUGAAAUGUAGGCUAAAUUAAAACUGUUUGUAGAUCGAAACCAAAGUAAAAAAAAACUCACUGUAUAACUACAUAAACCUGUUUCCAACUCGUGCCGUCACUUUGUAAUGGAAUUUUAAUCAGUUAACGCAAUCGAAACAUGACUCAAAACACACACACUUGCAUAUAAAAAGAAUAUUUAGAAGGAUGCGUUUUUUAUUUACUGUUGCUGCAUGUGUUAGGGACACGUGUGUGUAACUGAACGAUGUAUAACGGAAUGCCCAAAUAUUUGAAAUAUAACCAUGUUGAUA